UGGUGAGAAAGACAUGGCGGUGGCAGGGACGAGGGGUAUGGCUGCUUGCAAGGUCUUGAUGCAAGCCCGUGUGCAGAGACAAGCCUGCGCUGCUAGCAGCCGCGCACGCCCCUUGCAGCCACGGAGGCCAUCUUUUCGUGUAGAGGACGUGCUCUACAUGGACAAUCACGUGCUUCUCGUAAACAAGCCGGCGGGGCUCCUGUCUCAGAGCGAUCGCACCGGGGACGCGGACGUGGCCGCGCUUGCUCGGGAGUACGUUCGGGUGGCCGCGAACAAGACUGGGGAGGCGUUCGUUGCCUUGGUGCAUCGCCUCGAUCGACCAGUCUCAGGGGUGAUGUGCGUGGCUCGCACGAGCAAGGCCGCCGCUCGCCUCUCGGCCAGCUUUCGAGCUCGGGACGGCGUCGAAAAGAUCUACCACGCCGUGGUCGCCGGCGGCCUCGCCGGCCGCGGCAUCCGCCAAGACUUCUUGGUGUCUCCGGACGCGAGCGGGGCCGUGGCGAGACGCGGCAGGGGGCCGAGGACAGGGUUGUCAUCCGCCCCAGUCAGAGGCGGUGCGGGUGGUCGCCUGCUGGCCGCCGGGCCAACGUCGUCGUCGGAGGGAAAGCUCGCUCAGCUUGAGUGGGAAGCAAUCGACGUGUCCCCCUCGUCCGCCGAUCGGCUCCGUUGCCCUCGAACCGGGAACCCGCGAACGCUAGUCCGCGUGCGGCUCAUCACGGGGCGCAAGCACCAGAUCAGGGUUCAGCUUGCCGAGAUGGGCCACCCCGUUGUCGGGGACACCCGGUACGGUCGCUCUUCUUGGUGCCAGUCUAGGGGGGGGGAUGCAACCGACGAAUCGGCGGUGCCCCCCCCCCGGGCGGGCAGCAUGGAGCCCCUCGAGGACCGGAGUAUUUUGCUGCACGCGAGCGAGUUGAUCGUGCCGCACCCGACACGUGUAGGGGCCAUGGUUCGAGCCGUGGCGGCGCCGCCUGGGAUGUGGAGCGACCUGUGCGGCCGUUCCUGUAUUGACGAAGUUUUCGGCGAUCAGCCGGUAACAGGGUCGGUUGUAGAAUGUGCUCGUGGUGAGCAUUUGACGUGACAAUAUAACCUGUCUCGGAUUGAUAUUCCAAUGUUUUCCAUCUCUCCACGCCAAUCGCUGCUUCGGCAACAGCAAAAAAUACACUUGUUGAACAUGAGGCCUUGGAUUAUUUGAGUGGGAUAUUGCCGCUGGUAGUGUGUGGCCAUGCAAAAGCUUGAACGCGGGGGUGGCCACUUCGAUGAAAAUUCUAACAGCUACCUAUGUACGCAUCUUCUUUCGUUCACAAUUCCGCUAUUAUUAAGCUACCAGAGUCCACCACUGAUGCAUUUUAACCUCUUCUUUUCUGCGGCCAUUAUCACAGCCAUACAUCUCUUGCGCAUGGCGGAACCCGCAAACUCAGAAAUACACGCAAACACAUCGCAGCGGGACUACCCUAUCGGUUUUACGAAAGAACACAAACCCACGCUCCACGCUCUACUCUCGACAGGCAUGAAACCAAAAUGGGCAUGUGUAUGGACACGUUCAAACCAAGAAGUGUGGCAUACACCCAGCUCUCUCUCUCGUGCGCGCGCGACAACGCAUGGCAAAAUUACAACUCGAGAUACCCUCCAUCCCUUGAAAGGUCUCAAUAAAAGGCAACAGGAGCAAUAAGUGCUUCGCCUGAAACCGAUGCGUGGUCACUGCUCUAACGCAAUCAACCAUGAGUACCCC